AUGAAUCGAAACAACAAUAACUUUCCGAGGCGACCAAACCACCAAGUUCGUGCACAAGCUGGACAACCACAACACUCCACAAGAAAUGUCCGAGAGAACCCUUCCGAAGAAUAUUCAAAGAUGCCAUCACGAGGUAGUGGUGGUGGGAUGAAGAGAAAAUUGGAAUCGGAACAACCUUCGUCUUCCUCUCUGAAUAAAAAUCAUGAUGGUGCAGCGGAGAAUGAUGAUGAUGAAAUUAUUCUUCAUCCAGUGGUGGAGUUUCUAGAUCAAUGGAAGAAUGAUAAAGAAAAUUGGACAUUUGAUGGUACUAAACAACGAGCAUUGAUUCAUCAGUGUCUCAAUGCUCAAAUUAUUGACAGCAGAAGGUUCAAAUAUUUUCUUGAAUAUAUUGCUCCCAUGGUGGGAUUUGAUCGUGUGAAACUGUAUGAAACUUGUGCAGAGUAUGUAAAGACACAGAGACGUAAUGCUCAAAAGAGUGCUCUUCAUGAAUUAUCAUCAAAAGAGAGAAAAUCAAUUUUGACAGAUCCACAAAUUAGAACGAAAUGCGUGAAAGCCAUGAAGGACAUUUUGAGUGACAAUAAGAGAUAUAAGAGAGCAAAAACAAUCAUGCUUGUAUUGAAGGCAACCGAUAAAGACAGUGGAUCAAGGUAUAAUUUGGAGGAUCAACCAGAACUUAUAGACACUGAUUAUGAUGAAAAUUCGGAAUCUGUCUCAGAAGAAAAGAAUGUCGAUAGUACCAGUAUCGAACAAACUAAUGCCAACAACAAGACGGUAAAUUCGGCUUCACAGCAGAAACCACCCUCUGUGCAAAGUAGUAAAAAGAAGUUUGAUGAAAGCGAUAGUAGUAGUGACAGCAGCAGUAGUGACAGUAGUAGCGAUGAUGAUGAAUAA